AUGUUUCCAUCCGUAGUCGAUGCAACUGCCUUGACCUACAACAUUGCAGCAAACGAAAAGGCCUGUUUUUACAUCAUGAAUAACAAACCCGGUAGCAAAGUUGGAUUUUACUAUGCAGUUCAACAAGGUGGUUCAUUCGAUAUCGAUUUUGAUGUUGUUGGACCUAACGGCGAGUCCAUUUUGAGUGGCCAGCAAGAAAAACAAGGCGAUUAUGUAUUCACUGCCAAUCAUUUUGGAGAGUACUCAUUCUGUUUCUCUAACGAUAUUUCGACUUUUGCCGAUAAGUUGGUUGAUUUUGAGAUCUCUAUUGAAAACGAUCCUCGUCCUCAGUUCACAAAGGACGCUAAUGGUAAGGACCAGCCUGAGACGCUGACUGAAAUGGAAGAAUCCCUUUUGAGAAUUUCUGGAUCUAUUACAAAUAUCGCUCGAACCCAAAAGUAUUUCCGUACCAGAGAAAACCGUAAUUUUGCUACUGUCCAUUCAACAUAUACUCGAAUCUUUUGGUUUGCUUCUUUGGAAAGUUUGGCCAUUAUCUCCAUGGCCUGCUUGCAAGUUUUUGUCAUCAAGAGCUUCUUUAGUACAAAGAGAGGUGGAGUCUAA